GCUUAUAACGAUUACAACCUAUCUCUCUCCUCUAAUUCUCUUUCCCUUUCUCUAUCUUCUCUCUCAACUUGACGCUCUAGCUCUCAGAGAUCUUCCAGUCUUCGUCUUCGUCCUCAAUCUCUCUCUCCCUCGCUCUCUCUCUGUGAAAUUCACGAUCUUGCUCUUGUUUUAGAACCAUGGACAGUACUUCUGAUCAAACGGUGGAAAUACGUUCAGACAACUGCGAAUGUGCUUUGGAUCAAGAUUUCCAGCCUUCGGUCAUCUCUGAGCGAGACAUUACCUCUGAUAAAUUUGAGGGCGAUUUUGAAUUGACGGAUGAGACGAGCAUGUCAAAUGGAACCCAAGAUGCCUCUGGAGAUCAGGGGCAGACCCUUCCGAUAAUACAGAAAGUUAUUGAUUUGAGCACCAAAAUUCAGGAUUUGAAGAAGGAACAUGCUGUCCUUUCUGAUCAAGUUAAGCUUACGACUAGUUCCUUUCCAGACCCUGCAGUUCUGAACACUCUUCAGCUUCUCAGUACUGAACAUGAACUUUUAAAGAAGAAGUACAUCAGGGAAUCUACUGAGAGAAAGCAACUCUACAAUGAAGUAAUUGAGCUAAAAGGGAAUAUCAGGGUCUUUUGCAGAUGUAGACCCUUGAACCAAAGUGAAAUUGAAAAUGGAUGUACUUCAGUUGUUGAAUAUGACUCAUCUAUAGAUAAUGAGCUUCAGGUCAUUUCCUCAGAUACUUCAAAAAAACAAUUUAAGUUUGAUCAUGUGUUUAGACCUGAAGACAAUCAAGAGACGGUUUUCACUCAAACAAAACCUAUUGUGACUUCGGUAUUGGAUGGUUUUAACGUGUGCAUAUUUGCUUACGGCCAAACUGGAACUGGCAAGACAUUUACAAUGGAGGGAACACCAGAAAACAGAGGAGUUAAUUACAGGACAGUGGAGGAGUUGUUUCGUGUUUCAGAAGAAAGAGCUGGCGUCAUGAAAUUUGAAUUGUUUGUUAGCAUGUUGGAGGUUUAUAAUGAGAAAAUUAGAGAUCUCUUGGUGGAUAACAACAACCAACCAGCUAAAAAGCUGGAGAUAAAGCAAUCUGCAGAGGGAACCCAAGAAGUUCCCGGACUAUUGGAAUCUCGUGUUUUUGGCACUGAGGAUGUAUGGGAACUGCUAAAGUCUGGAAGCCGAGUUAGAUCAGUUGGAUCCACCAGUGCCAAUGAAAUGAGCAGCCGAUCUCACUGCUUGUUGCGAGUGAGUGUUAAAGGAGAAAAUCUAAUAAAUGGACAAAGAACGAAGAGUAAUCUGUGGCUAGUAGAUUUGGCUGGUAGUGAGCGCGUUGGAAGGAUUGAAGUUGAAGGUGAAAGAUUGAAGGAAUCUCAGUUUAUAAAUAAAUCUCUCUCAGCCCUUGGUGAUGUUAUCUCUGCCCUUGCAUCUAAAACAUCUCAUAUACCUUACAGGAACUCGAAGCUCACUCAUAUACUGCAAAGUUCUCUAGGAGGAGAUUGCAAAACCUUGAUGUUUGUCCAAAUCAGUCCAAGUUCAUCAGACCUAGGAGAAACAGUUUGCUCUUUGAAUUUUGCUAGUCGAGUCAGAGGAAUUGAGAGCGGACCUGCUCGCAAACAUGCAGACGUUACUGAGCUUCUCAAGUACAAGCAAAUGGCGGAAAAGUUUAAGCAUGAUGAGAAAGAAACCAAAAAACUACAGGAUAGUGUGCAGUCCUUGCAAUUAAGGCUUGCAGCUCGGGAGCAAAUCUGCAGGAAUCUUCAAGAUAAGGUAAGAGACCUUGAGAACCAAUUAGGAGAAGAAAGAAAGACCAGACUCAAACAGGAGAGUAGAGCAUUUGCAGCUGCUUCUGCUCCAUCCUCAGCAGUGUCAUCUCUAGGUCUAAAGCCAGCAGCACAGAAGACUGUAUUGGAGAAGAAACCACCAUUGGUUCCCAAUUCUAAAUUGAGGUUACCCUUGCGAAAACUAACCAAUCUCAUGCCUCCUCCCCCUCCUCAAUCCCCUCUACCAAAACGAAGACGGGAAAGUAGCUUUAUCUCUUCAGCAUACGGUAAAGAAAACAUUCCCAAAACAACAGCAGGAUCAGCCACCACAACAACAAACACAAGAAGCCUUUUCCAACCAAGACGGAUCUCCAUUGCUACUACCAGGCCUUCUCCAAAUAGUAGUACAACUUCACAUACUCUCAAGCCUAGAAGACGAGUCUCCAUUGCCACUUUUCGCCCCGAGUCAAACUCCUCCUCUCACCUAUCUCCACUCCGCACUUCAGCUUUUAAAAGUGGCAGGUUGUCAAUGGUGAAGGAUCCACGGAAGGCACGUUACUCCAGGCUCUUCUCUCCAAUGCCUGAGAUGACGACGCCAAUGGCUGCCAGGAGUAGCAAGUUCAUGGGAAGUCCUCCACCAGCAAUGGCAAGUUCUAUUUCGAGGCAGCAGCACGGCAGUGGGGCUGUCAUUGCACUGCAACGGAAACCAGUGGUUUGGAGUCCACUGAAGCUGAGAGGCAUAAAAAUCAACAGGAGGCCAUCAUUGUUUCCUUCUCGAUCUAUAUCUGAGAUUUAAUCAAGUGCCUCUACUACCUUGAAUAGACUCAAAUUCAAAUUCAGUGAACGUUGCUUAUAUUCUCCAAAAAGAUUCAAGCAAUCAUUUUUCCAUUUUCAUUUUGUCUCUUAUAAGAUGUAUCCUUCAUUUGUGUUUAGCUUCAAGUGUAAUGUAUGCUCCUUGCUUACGAAUUAUAAUUUCAUAUCUUUCUAUGAGAUUGGUUGUUGUAAUGUAUACCAUA